AGAGCAAACAUAAUAGUAACACUCUCCUCGAUGUUUAUCAACCUAAGAACAUUGUCCUGACUGUAAAUUGCUCAGCUCUCUCUUCUUUUCGUAUUCGUUUGCGACGUGACAUGGGGAUUGAGCCUCUUUCCUCCACACCAUUCAAUUUCAGUGGAUUCCAAGGCGGUUAUGAUUCUGUUAAUAUCCAUGAAGAGAAGUUUGUGUUACAAAAGAAGCAAGGUUUCUCAGCAGUAAUGGAAUUAGAUAGAGGAGAUAAUCUGUUCAAACAUCAGCAGCAUCAUCAACACAAGCAUGAUCAUGAUGAUGAAGAUAUCAAAGUUGGUGACAUGAUCCUACAAGGUGUCAUCAAUUUUGACCCUGCUUAUGAUAGUCUCCAACCAAUUUCACAAGAGUUUCAAGAAACAAUAGAACUCAAGAAUAUUCAUCAGAUACCGUCGUCUUUGACAAUAGCAUCAUUGGAGCUCUUGAGAAACUAUGGAAGCAAGUUCAAGAAGCUAACCGGGGAAAACAUAAGCGACAACUUCAGCAGCGACAACAUCGAGAGUAGUGCUUGUUCGGAGAAUCAAAGAUUGUCAACUGAAGAAAUCAUGAGAGUUGCAGGGGCAAGGUAUGUGCAUUACUCUGCACACUGGAACGAUGAUUUCUGCAUCCCCAUGCACCCUUAUGGAUUGGAUCUUGGAAACUUGUCGGAAGAAGAGAACAGAGAUGUGGAGCUUGCUCAGUUUCUUCUUGCAGCUGCAGAGAGAGUAGGGUGCCGGCAAUUCGAACGUGCCAGCCGCUUACUCCUCCAUUGUCAAUGGAAUUCAGAUGUCAUCGCAAACGCUGCUCAGAGAGUUAUCUUUCACUUCGCCGAAGCGCUUCGCGAAAGGAUCAACAAAGAAACCGGAAGGGUAAUGGAAGUUGUAAUGUCAUCAUACUAUGAUACUCAGAAUCAGAAUCAGAAUCAGAAUAAGAAUGAAGAAACUGAAAUGAUUCGAAAGAUGAGUGUGAAUGAGUCUCUUAAGUGCCAUCAGAAACUGCCUUUCAAUCAAGUAAUGCAAUUCCCUGGUGUACAAGCUAUGGUGGAGAAUCUUGCUUUCGAGACCAAGAUACACCUGAUAGAUCUUCAAAUCAGAAGCGGAGUGCAGUGUACGGCUCUGAUGCAAGCGAUGGCGGAGCGGAAAGAGUGUUGUGUGGAGUCUUUUAAGGUAACCGCCAUUGGAACUUGCGCAGAGAAGAAGAAAAUAGAAGGUACAGGACAAAGGUUAACGAGUUUUGCUGAGUCACUGAACUUGCCGUUUUCAUAUAAGGCGAUUAUCGUGACAGAUUUGGCAGAAAUCAAGUUGGAUGAUUUCGACGUCGACGACGAUGAAGGCGUUGCUGUGUACUCUGCGUAUUUUCUUAGGACUCUGGUUUCAAGGCCUAAUUGCUUGGAAAAUUUGAUGCUGGUUAUAAGGAAUAUAAAACCGUCAAUUAUGAUAGUGCUGGAGAUAGACUCAAAUCAUAACUCGCCUUCUUUUGUGAACCGAUUCAUCGAUGCUUUGUUCUACUUUUCAGCAUUCAUGGAUUGUCUUGAAACGUGCCUGAAAGAAGAUAGCGAGUGCAGAAUGGCGGUGGAAGCAGUGUGUGCCGCGGGGAUAAGAAACAUUGUUGCUGCUGAAGGCAAAGAAAGGACAGUUAGGAAUGUGAAGUUAGAUGUUUGGAGAAGGUUCUUCGCGAGGUAUAAAAUGGUGGAAACAGGGUUCAGUGAAUCGUCGCUUUACCAAGCUAACUUGGUUGCUAAGGAGUUUACUUUUGGUAAGUUCUGCAGCGUCGACAAAAAUGGUAAGAGUCUACUUGUUUCAUGGAAGGGAGCUCCAAUGCAUUCACUCUCAGCUUGGAAGUUUGUAUGAUCAAAAUAAUUGGAAAACUUACAAUAAAAACUAACACGUGCUUGUCUUUGAGCAAAAUAGUCAUAUAAUUCU